AAUCAAAGGCAGAAUGGAGAGCAACCGCAAAGUUAUAUUGAAAUCAAGCAGGAAAAGUUGCUGUAGCACAUAUUUCCGAUGACUCGUCACUAUCCUUUUCAUCCAGGAAAUUAUUGUCAUUUCAUCCUCAUCAUCGUUGGUUAGGAAGUGCAUGCUCACUCGGCAUUCCGUGUACUUAAACAUCCGUCGUGCGUUUUAAAGCGCUCUUGUCUUGCAAUGCACGGACGGACCACGUGGUCGUGCACGACGCAUGCGCGGCACGUGUGUUUCAACCUAACCUCGUUAGUUUUGUAUCGUUUCCGUCACGACUUGCGGCCGUCCUGUUUGCGAGAUUGCGACUCCGAAUUUCGUUUUCUGCAGCAUUUUGACGGAUCAAACGCGAGUGCAUUUGCACGCAGCACCGAUCUCGCACGCAUAAUUCGCACAACGAAGGCAAACGAAUUGUGUGGGUUGGAAAGAAGAGGGGAUCACUCGUGCGCAAAGACAGGGGGAGGCGGGUGACCACCGAGUUUCUCGACGACUCGGAUGUAGCUCCAUUAAGAAACGAUCAACGCGCGUGAUUACAUGUUGGCUCGCGUGUAACGUAAACGUUGCAUCGCCAACGCAACGUGUUGGCGGCCAGCACACGAGGCAGGGAGAGAGAGAACGAUAGCGAGAGUGAGAGAAGGAAGAUUGCGCGACACCGUGACAGCGGACUGAAACGCGAGCGAGUGCACUCGUCUUCGUGAUCAUGAAUAAAGACGAUUACGAGAGUUUACCAACCAAUUCCGUGGCCGUGCAUAUGACCGCCGGUGCCCUGGCCGGGAUUAUGGAACAUUGCAUCAUGUACCCGUUUGACAGUGUCAAGACAAGAAUGCAAGCAUUAACUCCCGGCCCAGGCGGAGGAGGAGGAAUAGGAGAAGUAUUGUCCAGAAUGAUACGACAAGAAGGUGUAUUAAGGCCAAUUAGGGGUGUGAGUGCAGUGGUUGCCGGAGCUGGACCUGCGCAUGCUUUAUACUUUUCUUGUUACGAAUGUCUUAAAGAAAAGUUCAAGACUUCGAGGUCUCAAUUCAAUCAUCUCGUCUACGGAGCUGCUGGAUGCGUAGCAACAGUUUUGCACGAUGGUGUAAUGAAUCCAGCAGAAGUGGUUAAACAGCGAUUGCAAAUGUACAACUCUCCGUAUAGGAAUGUGUUGAAUUGUAUACAACAUGUGUACCAAAAAGAAGGGUUAUUUGCAUUCUACAGGAGUUAUACCACUCAACUGGCCAUGAAUGUGCCUUUUCAAAGUAUUCAUUUCAUUUCUUAUGAAUUUGCACAAUCCAUUACGAAUCCGGAGCACGGUUAUAAUCCAAUAGCACAUAUCGGAUCUGGUGCAGCAGCAGGAGCGAUUGCGGCUGCAGCGACAACCCCUUUGGAUGUUUGCAAGACAGUGCUAAACACGCAACAGGAUGGCGUGCACGCUCAAGGCAUGGUAGAUGCAUUUAAACAAGUCUACAGGCAUGGCGGUGUGCAAGGAUAUUUCCGUGGAUUACGCGCACGUGUUUUAUUCCAAGCACCAGCCACUGCCAUUUGUUGGGUGAUAUAUGAGUCAUUUAAAUAUGUGUUACGCGGCAAACAAGAUGACGAGUACGGUGACUGCGAGGCUGAUGGCAGUGCGACUGGAAUUAAUCAGAAUUCGACGCUCGCACCGAGAUCCAAUAGUUUUCAGGGCGCAGGUCUGUAUUUUAAUAAUCAUGCUUCAUCACCUGUAUUACUUAAAGUGACUACAAGCUAGAUCUGCGAGAAAUCGCAUUAAUCGCGAUUAUUCAUUACGAAAGAGAGAGAGAGAGAAAGCGUGAGAAAGAGAGAGAAAAAGAAAGAAAAAGAGAAAGAGAGUGCGCUGUUUCGUUAUGUGUAAGAGUUUCUUAUAGAAAUAUCGGUCUCUUUUUCUUUCUUUAUAAUAAAUUUAUCAAUCAAUGAAUGAUGUUUCAUUGAUUCUCUAUUAUUACAGCUGUAUUUUAUGUGUGCGAAAAAACAAAAGUCGAUACUAAAGAAAGACAAUAUUGAGCAUAAAUACAGAACACGAGCUUGUUGAAUUGAUAUAUCAAUACUUUUUGAAUAAUUGUUAGCACAAAACUACUUCAUAUAACAAAAUUACGAAACGUUAAUAAUGUUAUAUCUUUAUUUUACUUCUGGAUUCCUAAUUAUCAAACGAAACUAAUUAGAAUAAGCAAAAUUGUAAGUACAAAGGAAAUUGUUGUUUCAUUGCUCUUUAUAUUAUUUUACAUUUUUGAAAUUGAUUGAAAAUAACUAUAUUGCUAUGGAAUAACCGCGAAAUGCUUUUAUCAAUUAGUAGCAAUACUAAAUUAAAAAUCAUGAAAUAUUCAUUCAUGGAUUCUAGUAUGCGUGGAGAGAGAUAAAAUUGCAGCAUUGUAAGAUAAAAAUCUUAAAAUAACUCUUGCAAAUUUUAUUUUGAAAUGUUGCAUUCUUUUUCUCCACGCUCAUAUAUCACUGUAUGCACAUUCACGAACAGAAUGUAGCCAUUUUUUUCUUCGAUAAGUAUUCGAAAAAAAAAUGUUUUAACUAUUCUAUCUGUGAAUGCACAACUGAAAACGAAAUGCUGUUAUCUAUUGUACUGUUCAUAUGGAGUAUUAAUGACAUUUACAAUUUGAUAUUUGUUAAUGUAAGUGUAAAAAAAUCUUUAUUAUUUAUCUUCUACUACAACUACAUGUUGCCAAUGUUUAUAAAAGAAAAAACAUAUUGCCAAGUUUUACGCGCUCUUUACGAUUUGAUUUGUACAUAUUUAUACAAAUAUAACGAACACUUUGUUAUUAAUCUGUUUAAUGUUUAUCCAGUUAAAUUGAACGAAUUGGAAUAUUUAUUAUCUAAAAGAUUGUAGAAACCUAUAUGCUCGUUUAGUAAAUAUAAUAAGUUCUCAUUGAAAAUAUGACAUGGAGAUUGUUAUACUACUUAGUAGUAUUCUCCAGCAGCAAAAUCAAAUGUUUUUAAAAAAGAAGAAAAGAUAUGCUCCACUUGAAUAGUGAAAAUAGAUCACGCACAUAGCGCAAUUAAAUUGCAGCUCACUCCAACAUUGUACAUUAGGUAAGUUAAAAAAACAGUGGGAUGCAUGCUGGAAUUUCACCGAUAAUAAACUACAUUUUCAAGCAUAAUAAAGUGCGCAUAAUUACAAUUAAUGCUGGACAAUUUUGCAAACAUAAAUUCACAAAAUUAGACACUUCACAUAAUCAUUAUUAACUGGAUGUUAUAAAUCAUUCGGUAUUCAACAUUAAAAAUUUGUGAAAACAGUUUCAUGAAAACUCAAAUUGAUAUAGAAAAUACGACGUAAUUGGAAUACAGCAAAGCAUAACUUUGUGUUCAGACUGUAGAUAUAAAUAUGAAUUGGAGGGAAUUGAAUUAAUGUAGAGCACGAUUGGUUAUUUUAAAAUUUAGAGAAAUUACGAACAGCGUGAAGUAAUUAUUUUAUAGAAGACUGUAGAUAAAUUUAAUAUUACAUAUGUACAGUAUAAAAAGAAAAAGAAGGAAAAACCAAUGUAGAAGAAAUAUAACUAUUAUUUGUACAAGUACGAUUCCUCUUGAUUACUCAAGUACAAAUGAUAAAAUGCUCCUUAGUCACUUUGUAAUAUAAAUGAACUAUGUAACUAAAUCAUAUAUGAUAUAUACCACAAUAUUGCUUCCUAUGGCUGUGAUUACUGGGUCAUUUGAUGUUGACUUUAAGAGGGAGUAAUAUCAUAUAAAACUCAUAUUUCACGCCAUAUUUAUUUAUUGUUACAAUUUUGUAAUAUCAUACAUCGUUAUUAGAUAAAUCGUUUGAUGUUGUUGGAG